AUUGGUGACAAAAUAUACAUUUAUUUCUGUUUUAAAAGCCAAAGCCAGUCAUAGAAAAUCCGUAACGUAGGAAAGUUGUGCAAACCAAUAAGUGUACAGUGAAUCCCUAUUCACGCGGUUUUGAAUUUUCUUCUGGCGUUGAAACCAAUUUCAUUUCUGAAAGGGGCAGUCAGCUGUUAAGAGAAAACAUUUUCUAAAUUUACAUUUUCCUUUUUCGGGUAAUGUAACCACAUUACCUUUAUAGUGAUUUUUAUUGAACGUCUUCAUAGAUAGUAAAUCUGGCGACUGAAAUUAGAUAUCGGAUUGGAAUGAGACUGAUCUUAAAAAAAUUCAUCAUUCAUACAUCUUCAGAUCAUUUUUCAGAGGACUUUAGGAGCGCCGUGAUUUAGCUUUUUAUGGGUAUGUUCUAGUUUUUCCAUUUUCUUUUCAAAAUUCUAUUCCAUACCGCUUUGGGGUUUUUGUUUAUAUUCUGUGCCGUUAAAGCUUUUGCCUAACCAGGAAAUACAGAUAUUGCUCAGUUUUAAAUUUGAACAAAGAUUUGAUUGAAAACCAUGUCUUCAAGGACCCAGUACAACGAGAAACAGACGGAAGAAUGCAAAGGUGCCCAAGCGCCCAAGACGAAGCUGCUGAGGCAGUUCGGACCUCUGUUGGUGGCCAUGGUCGGAUUGCCGGGAAGAGGAAAGAGCUUGCUGGCCAGGAGAUUGUCCAGAUAUCUCAAUUUCACCGGUGAUAACACCAAAGUAUAUGACAUUAGCGAGUACCGUCGCAAACACAUCAAGCAAUAUGGUUCUCACGAAAUGUUCCGAGCAGAUAACUUGCCAGCUUGGAAGAUUCGUCAACAGAGCUUCCGUGAAGCUUUGGAAGACGCCGCAGCUUAUUUGCACAGUUCGAAUACCAGCGUCGCCAUUUUGGACGGACCAAACGUCUCCAGAGGACAGAGACAAGAAAUCUACGAUCUCAUCUACACUCAAAUGGGCUUCAGGGUCAUGUUCAUAGAGUGCGUCUGCGAAGAUCCUGUUCUGCUGGAAAGAAACUUUAAGGAGAUCUUACAAUACAGCGCCGAUUACCACGACAUGGCCACGGAAGAGGCACUGAAGGAUUUGACACAUAAGAUGGCUCAUUACCAAGCGCAGUACGAAUCUCCGACACUUGGAAGUUUGUGGGAACUUCCGUGCCCCAUGGUCAAAAUUUUGGAUGGAGGUGAUGGUGGUAUUAUUGCUCAUGGCAUCAACGGACAAAAGGAGAGCAAGAUCCUUGCUUACAUCUCCACACAGAAGCAGAUCAAACAGACUCUAUAUUUCAGUCGACACGGAGAAAGUGAAUACAACGUCAUUGGAAAGAUCGGCGGCAACGCAAGGCUCUCUCCCAGAGGCAGGAUGUAUGCCAAAGCACUAACGAAGCAUGUGCGCGCGCUUAAUCUACCCAGCCUCCAAGUUUGGACCUCCACUCUUCAAAGAACAAAAGAAACUGCAGCCAGUAUUCAAGCCCCUCAACAACAUUUGUCCGAAUUAGAUGAAAUUUGGUCGGGCGAAUGUGAAAGUCUGUCAUACGAAGAACUUCAAGAGCACUUCCCCAAAGAAUUAGCUCUACGCGACCGCGAGAAGCUUAAGUACCGUUACCCUCAAGGCGAAUCCUACAUUGACGUCAUGACUCGUCUGAUGCCAGUACUUACCCAACUCGAGUGCGAAACCAACGUACUAACCGUAUCCCACCAGGCUGUCCUUCGCUGCGUGCUCGGCUAUUUCUUGGAAACGCCCCCAGAAGAAAUCCCCUACAUCCACGUCCCCCUCCACACCAUCAUCAAGCUUACCCUUAAGGGCCACAGUUACAACAUGGAAACCAUCAAGAUGCCUAUCGAGUGUGUGGAUACUAACAGAGCCAAGCCUCUCAACUGCUCCGAAGAUAGAACCGCGGAAGAUGCUUUGCUCACGUUGCCUAAACACUAUGAUUCUUUGUCCAGUUUAAGUAACAUGAUGCCCUGUACUUAGCUUACUUUUGGAAAGUGCUCUUUUAUUUAGGGGCUGACGGUAAUGCUAUGGUUUUUGGAUGUCGUUUUAGAUAAGUGACGAGGAUGCAAUUUUGCGGUGUUGAUACUAUUUCUAUUUUGUACAAGGUUAGUCCUAAAAGUACCUGACCUAACAAAACAAAAAGAAAAAAAAAUAUAUUAUAGUGAGAACUUUUGAACUGACAUAAUGUGCGCAAGAUGGAGAAAUUCGAGUUUUUUAAUGUUUUUGAUCAUUGUAGUAAAAUUAAGCAGAAUUUUCUUGAUUUCUUCACUUAUACGCUACAAAGAGUUCUUUUACUAUUUAUAUCCAUCAACGAAAGUUACUUCACCAGAGGAGCUGUUUUCUCUGGCCUUUGAAGUGAGUUCUAAUAGCUUUCUAGUUUUGCGGAAUAAUAGACCAAGAAACCAUGGUCAGUGAUUAGGGUUAUAUAUUAAUAAGGUUUUGAGGUUAUAUUAAGGUUAAUAGUUUAAUGUAGUAAACAUAACCUUAUUGGCCUAAUCGACAGUAUUCAUUAUUGACAGCUGUCAAACAAGUGUCUUUAAACUUAAUUUUGUAAGGAUGGUACAAUUGUUCAGGCGCUUCUAGGACUAACCCUCUUAUAGUAGCUUUAGACGUUAGUCGUUUAUUAUUUUGAUCCAUUAUAGAUGGCGCAAAAUUGAAUUCUAGUUUUAGAAACAUGUUGUAUUGUUAAUAUUUUUGAUGAAACUUACAAAAAAAGCCUUGGAAAGGUUCCUUUUUGAAACAAAUACAGUCAACUCCAGUUUAUCCCUAGGGUUGGGUAGCACGGUUGUCGCGGAUAAGCUGUAACUGGAAUUCAAAUACAUAAAUGUAAAAAAUAAAAAUGUAGUUUCACCUAAAGCUUUAAUAACUUAUAUUUUCAAUGUGUACUUAUAUUUUUACUUUUUUUGAAAUUAAUCUCUCACUUGUUUCUGCUUCUUUGAAUGGAAAACGUGUUUCUCUAUUUUUUCCAUUGCUACGCAGCAUCAGUUUUUCAGCAAGUAGCGCGUCGCCCUUGUCCUCUAGGUAUUCUAUUAGGAAGUUCAUUUACGUGACCACCAAAUCCAAGCUCCUCUUCUUUUUCAUCACUUUCCUCGUUUUCUCCCCAGCAUUUUAUUAGGAAUGUCUUCAUCCGUUAGAUGCUCAAAUCCCGGGUCGGUAGCAUCGAAGUCUAACCACUCUUGCAGGUUUCCUGCGACCACAUUCUCUCGUUUGUAACGUUCCUGUUUUCUUUGAGAAAAAUUUCUCACUUGUGUUCAAAAUUUUUCUGAUGGGUGAGAGGAGUGUGUAACGUUACAAACGUCACAUCUUUGAUGUUUUAUUUUUAAAUAAUUUCUUAAAAAUAAAAUAUCAAAGAUAAUAAUUAUUUAAAAAUAAAAUAUCAAAGAUGCUUCGAGCCCCACGUUGGGCGCCAGUGAAACGAAAUAAGCGAUGGACUACCCCAGCUAAUUGAAAUAAUAUUCGAAAAUAUUACCUCAAUCAUCCAAGAUAGCCAUCGUUCACCCUUGCUUAGCUCAGUCUCUCAGGUGUGUGUUCGUCUUGUCCUAAUCUUAGAAAUGAACUAUGAAAAUUCAGAAUGGAAGCAAACAAAACAAUAUUUUUAACUAAUCAUGUUUAUUGUUCAUAAAAUACAUUAAAAAUGUGACUUAUUAAGUUCAUUAACAAAUAUAUUCAAAUUCUUGCCAAAAACUAACAAUUCUUGGAUUAUACUUCUGCAUGGCUUGUGGUGUUGGUUCGAUGGUAACUUCUUGAUGUCGAAUAGUACUGCUGCUGGUUCUUCAACGGGCUCUGGGAUUCUAAAGGCUGUAUUCCACCAGGCCUACAGAUGUUGGUCGUUGCAGUCUAGGUGAUGUGGUUGCAGUAUGGAUGACAUGUCCCUCGUUCUUGUAUCGCCGGCGAUUUGAGGAUUCUUGAAGCUCCCAGAGGGAGGACGGUGAUCUUUAUCCCAAAAACUAGAAGAGUAAAACACAUAUCAAUCAUCAAGAAGAUAAACCAAAGUGUGCCAGUCUGCCAAUCUUUUAAGAAAUAAUUGUCAGAAAGAGUAGCAGAUGACAAGAAUAAAUUAAAUGGAAUGAAGAUGAGGAGAAUAGUUAAAAUUUGAUGACUAAACGUGCAUAUAUGUAAAUUAAAAAGAUAUAUUUAAAACUAAAAUAUCAGAAACCAUGCUUUUAGAUGGGAGGUUAGGUUAGAUAUAAAAAAAUAUUAGAAAAACUGCUAGAUGCAGAAAUGUAAUUAAAAUAUGAUAAUAUGUAUUCUUACCCCAAGAGAAUGAUAAGUCUGGAAAUAGCUAUUGUCAGCUCUGUAAUUGCCUUUUAUUAGAUUACCACCACCAUUUUGAGAAUUGAAAUGACAGCGUGAAGAGAAAAUAAUUAUUUAAAAAUAAAAUAUCAAAGAUGUGAUGUUUAUAACGUUAGAAGUUCAUUAAGCUUGUAAGAGCACUAAGAGCAGGCUGUUCAUUUUCAUCUUCUCCAACUGCUAGUUUGACACAAUUCUCGAUGUUUUGUAACAGUUUUCUCCAUGACUUCACAAUUGUUGAAAUACUUUACAGACUCCCACGCAGAUGUGAUUUCGUAGAGUCGAGAAUAGUGAAUGACUUCCAAAACAACUUCAAGUCAUAUCCUUCAAUUUUUGAGCUAAGUAAUUUUGUUCUGUAGUUUCUCUUCAUAGACGCAAUGACGCCUUGGUCCAUAGGCUGAACUAGCGCAGUGGUGUUUGGGGGCAAACAUUUUUCCGUCAGCAGACUUACAGCUUUUUGUGGCAAAUUGUUUCCUUUUAAAUGUUUUUUGACUUCUGGUACAAAUUUGACUUAGUAAAGAUAAUACAGUGGACUCUCUCUAUAACGAACUCGGAUAUUACGAGGUUUCACUUAUAACGAGGUACACUAGAUUUCUCAUGAAAUUCCUAUUGAACUAUAACACCUCUGUAACGAGGCAUAUUUGGUUAUAACGAGAAAAAAUGAAAUCGAAGAAUAUGUUUCUUUACCUGAAUGGCUAUGAAUAAAUACCCCCAACUGCCUGUAUAUAGAAAUGCCCAACAUCUGUGUUAUUAUCGAGGCCGUUGCUAUAAUAAACUCCACCGCCUGUAAUAAACUUCAUCUGUUUAUCUAUCGACCGAUAUUGAAUAUUGUAGGAAAUUUACGAUGGCUAUAAUCCGUUCCGCGGAUAAUCCGCUCGCGGAUAAACGGGAAUUGACUGUAUCGUAGAAAAAUAUUUAUGUCAUUCAAUUAUUGUAGUUGUUGCGUAGGUGUUGGCUUCCAUUUGACUGAUUUUGAGGAUAUUAGUAUAACUAACGUAAACCAUAAGUACUGUUAAACUGAUUUUUUGCAUCGUAUUGAAUAUCUAAGGAGUAUUAGCUUAAAAAAUCUGUUUGAUAUUAACAUAAGUCACAAAACAUCACGAUGAUUUUGUUUCUUUUUGGGGACAAAAUGAUGCAAUUUUAAACGAAAGCACAAAAAGGAAGAAGACAUAUAGGAACGUAGACUAAAACCCCUUAUAACUUCAUGCCACUCCACAAUCACUAGCUCGUAGAUUAGUUAGUAAAUGCAGCGACUGAAUGUAGAGUGGUAGGGAUGUUUUGAGUAAACAGGGUUGCCGCAAUCCCUUGAUUCCUUAAACUAACAUGCUCUUUAAACAAUUGUAGCAAUAAGUUGACGCAAAGAGCGAGAUAACAUACCUACAGCAUUAUUCAAUGAAAUUCGGAACUGCUUUCCUGAAUAUUUUUGAUCUGACAAUCUGAUGAAAACGUUAAGAAAUAUAGCAAAAUUAUUAAAAAAAAAACCUUGGGAAAAUACGUCCACUCUUUCUUUACAAUUGAAGCGUUUAUUUGAAAAACAACAGAUGUCCAUUUUUCGCAAAUUCGACUUUAUGUACCUAUUCCUCUCAUGGAAUAGUAGUUUCUUUAUCCAUCUGACAUAUCCAGUUGUGUAAAAAUCUCAGUUGUCCGGAGAAAACUACAUAGAACAUUUGGAUAGUAUUAGAAAAACACCAGAUGUGUGGGAAGUUUUUCUUGAUUUGCCAAAAUUUUAAUUUUUGGACAAGUGUUGUUUUUCAAAUAAACGCUUCAAUUAUACUGUGAAAAGGAAGGCAGUUACAAGUAAUGACAAAUAAAUGGUCAUUGAUUUAUUCGAGAUAUAACUUGUUUUUUUG